ACAAAACGCACCUCUCUGUCAGAAACCACGAGGAAGAGCGUAAGAUGAGCAAAGGGCGAGCGUGCUGGAGGUGGGCACUGGCGAGAAGGCACAGAACAAAGGACUCUCCAGGGAGACUGGGAACUGGAGAAGGAAGACACGUGAGCGAAUGUGACUGGACUUGUUCCCGCAUUCCCCCGAAGCCUGUGCUGUAAAAUCAGGAGUAAAGAGCGUGUGGCAAUCUGUACACACAAGCACCUGCGACUUGACUCUCUAUACAGAUAUGCUGGAUUUAUUCACAGGGAGCUCAUGAAAUUAAGAAACCACAGUGCAGACACGAGCCGAGACCGAGACAAGGUACAAGAAAGUGACACCAUUGUCUUCACAGAAUUGCACCAUGCCAAACUACAAACUGAUUUAUUUUAAUAUGAGGGGGAGAGCAGAAAUUAUUCGUUAUAUAUUUGCUUACUUGGACAUAAAGUACGAAGAUCACAGAAUAGAACAAGCUGACUGGCCCAAAAUCAAACCAACUCUUCCAUUUGGCAAAAUCCCUGUUUUGGAGGUGGGAGGACUUACCCUUCACCAGAGUCUCGCAAUAGCAAGAUAUUUGGCUAAAAACACAGAUUUGGCUGGCAAGACAGAGUUGGAGCAAUGUCAAGCUGAUGCGGUUGUGGACACACUGGACGACUUCAUGUCACUUUUUCCAUGGGCAGAGAAAAAUCAAGAUGUAAAAGAGCGGACGUUCAAGGAGUUGCUCACAUGUCAUGCACCUCUUCUUCUGAAAGAUUUGGACACAUACUUAGGGGACAAGGAGUGGUUUAUUGGUAAUUAUGUCACCUGGGCAGACUUCUACUGGGAUAUCUGCAGCACCACACUUUUGGUCUUAAAACCUGACUUGUUGGACAUCCACCCCAGGCUGGCGUCAUUGCGGAAGAAAGUCCAAGCUCUCCCUGCCAUUGCUGCCUGGGUGCAGAAGAGGCCACAGACCAAACUCUGAUGCAGGCACAGCACCAGAUGAGGGCGACAUCUGCCUGCCAGAUGAUCCAUACCCUUCUUAACUACCACGAAACUCUGUUGUAUUCUGCUUGCUAUGAUUCUUUUUGUUGUUUCUGUAGGCAUUUAGUUUACAGCAUUAUCUUUUUUUCAGGACUUUACAUUUUUUAUAAUUGAAACAGUUCACAAUACAUAUUGCUUUGCAUUGACUAUCAACAUGCAUGGAUGCUUUAGUUAAAAUACUAGUUUCCUGGCUAAUGUGUCAAUUACCACAGCAUUUUAACUAAGAAAUCAUGUGAAAUACAGAUUUUGCAAGUAGAUCUUCAAUCAACAAAUCGCUACACUAAAAAACAAUGCCUAUGAUACUCAGUGGCUAACCAUGUCACUGACCACCAUUGUACAUGUUAUUCAGGUAUACACCAAAGUGUUUGUUUCCCAAAAAUACCCAUUUGUCCAGCAUAUCAUAAAUGAGUACUAAAAAGAGGGAACUCAUAAAGAUCCAAGUACAACCAA